AUGAAGAAGGUUGAAGACGGUAACAUCUUAGUUUUCCAAGUUGACUUAAAGUCUAACAAGAACCAAAUCAAGUCCGCUGUCAAGGAAUUAUACGAUGUCGAUGUCGAAUACGUCAACACCUUAGUCAGACCAAACGGUACCAAGAAGGCUUACAUCAGAUUAACUGCUGACCACGAUGCUUUAGAUAUUGCUAACAGAAUUGGUUACAUCUAA